AUGCCGCACCAUCAGCAGCAACAAUACCCUCCGGUCGUUUCGUCGUCAAUGCACCAGCAGCCCAUCCCACAUUACCAGAGGCCGCCCCCGCCGCAGAUGUCUCCCUCUCCCGCUCUUUCGACUCCUCCCCCAUACCAUGCGCCCGCCCAGCACCAACCUCCUCCGAUUCCGCAAACGCCAUCUUCCACCCACUCCUCGCAGGUCGUUCCUGCCCAGUCGACGCCACCCACUCCCCACACUGGCAAGAUUGCUCCGAGCCCCCCCGAGGCCGAGGCGCGGCCAUCACCAACGCCAUUCAAGUUCCCUCUGCCCUGGCUGUCACAUCCCAACGAACCUUUCCCAGCUCGGCCCGCGAAGGUCAGAAGAAGGAGGCGCGCCCCCAUUGCGAACAAUGCUCGGGUAGAGCUGCCAAUGAACCAGCAAGUCGCUGCUGAGUCCCUUGACGAUGAGCCUCCGGUGGAAGAGCCUACUGCUUCAGAGGCUACACCGAAGACGAGCACAGUCUCUGCCGUCACACAGAGCUCGCAAAAGCCUGCUGCUGCGCAACCCGAAGCAUCUGCUCCGGCCAAGUCUGCUCCAUCACCAACCAGCCCGACACAGGCCACGAAGCCGGCGGCCAGAGCUGCUAUCCCUGCUGUCCCUGCCGUACCUGUUCUACCCAAAUCUGGAUCCAAGGAAGCCAAGACCGUGGCUUUGUCUGCCGACAAGCUUGAAAUUGCCGAGUCCACGCAGGCAGCACCAGCGGCUAGCACGACUACCGACGCGUCGGCUGAGGCGCAGCCUUCCACUGCCCCGGUGUCGAACGAGCCCGCCCCUGCUCCAGCAUGGUCAGCUCCAAGGCUCUGGGCUGGACUAUUCAACCCAGGAGCCUCAUCAGGUGCUAGCUCUGCUGUCAGCCAUGCCAACAGCGGUGCCGCCACUGCUGCAAACGGUGAUGGGCACGCUGAAGCUCCCGGUGCGGCAGGUGAUGCAUCUAGCACUGGUGCCUUCACACGCUCAAAUGCCACCUCGUUAGCCGAGGCGUUGCGUGGCUAUCGUGUCAAUGGUGGCGACAAGAUCGCCUUUCUGGAGCCGCGUGGUCUCAUCAACACCGGCAACAUGUGUUAUAUGAAUUCUGUUUUGCAAGCGCUCAUCUUUUGCCUUCCAUUUUACGCCUUCCUGGAUGAAGUCAGCAAAAAAGCAGCAUACAGUUUCAAGAGCGAGACUCCUCUAAUUGACGCCAUGAUCAUGUUCAUGCGCGAGUACAAAGUCAUCGACUCGGCUGUAUCAGUUGAGCAGCUCCGCCGCAGGCUCAAAAAUGAGGAACUCGAGCAGUAUGGAGAGUCUUUUACUCCUGAGUUCGUCUACGAUGCCAUCAGAAAGCUGCCGAGAUUCGCGAGCAUGCGACGUGGUCAUCAGCAAGAUGCUGAAGAGUUCCUUGGGUUCCUCCUGGAGUCUCUCAACGAAGAGUGCAAUGCUGUGAUGCGCCACCUUCCGGAGCCAAAUGCUGCCUCGAAUGCGCCAUCCUCGACGGGCACGCCCCAGACGUCGAGCCCAACCAGCACAACGGGGGGCAGUGAUUGGCUCGAGGUUGGUCGCAAGCAGCGUGCAGCUGUCACGCGGUCAUCGGGUCAGACGGCCAUGUCUUCACCUAUUACCAAGAUAUUCAGUGGACAGCUCCGCUCAGAACUGCGAGUACCAGGACUCAAGGACUCUGUCACCAUGGAGCCUUUCCAGCCAUUACAACUGGAUAUCGGCUCGCCACAAGUCCACAACAUUGUGGACGCCUUGAAGAAUCUGACGAAGGCGGAGACUCUGCACGGGGACUUCAACUCACCCAGAGGACGUGAUGCUGUGGCCACCAAGCAAGUCUUCAUCGAGUCACUACCAUCGGUCCUUAUUCUGCACCUCAAACGCUUCCAGUUUGACGCGGAGGGCACAGGUACAAUCAAGAUCUGGAAAAAGGUCGGCUACCCUCUUGAGCUGGAUCUGCCCAAGGAGGUACUUUCGCGUCAGAAGAGGAACGCAAUCCUCGCAGAAGGAGCCGGCUUCCCCAAGUACAGGCUCAUCGCUGCCGUCUACCACCACGGCAAGAAUGCCAGCGGUGGCCACUACACUGUGGACCUCCGCCGUCAAGAAGGCCGUGAGUGGAUUCGCCUUGACGACACUGUCAUCAGACGUGUCAGAAGUGAAGACGUUGCGGAGGGCGGUUCUGAGGAGGAUUCGGCCUCGUCCGGCACCACGGAUAAGAAGGAUGCCGCGACGGGCGGGUCUAGCAACCGCUUCGAGACUAUCAACGACGAGGAUACCGGCGACGAGGGUGGCUGGAGUGCUCCUGUCAACGGGGCCAAGAAAUGGGCCAACGUUGCCAACGGAGCUGCCAAGCCGGCUGCCACGACCACGCCAAAGGCGAAGCAGUUCAAGGAGAACAUCAAGGACAACAAGGUUGCUUACCUUUUGUUCUACCAGCGCGUUUAA